UAUAUAGGAGUGUAAAAACACAGAAAACAAGACGAACCAGUGAGAGCCACAUAGAAAAAUAGAAGGAAGAAGACUGAGUUAUUCAGUAGAGUUGUCUCUCAGCCUUCAAUGGCUAUCAACUUCUCUCUCUUUUUCUUCCUAUUCUCUCUUCACAAUGCUCUCUCUUCUUCUCAAGGUGAAUCUUAUUCAUACCCAUCACAUUACCCAUUUAUAAAGAAAGCAAGUUCAUUUUCAUCAUCAUCAUCAUACUCAUCAAGUGGUGGAGAUCAUGGGUAUGAUUAUAUAGUAAUUGGAGGGGGUACAGCUGGUUGUCCAUUAGCUUCAACAUUGUCACAAAAUUACAGUGUGUUAUUGCUUGAAAGAGGAGGUGUGCCAUUCACAAAUCCAAAUGUGUCAUUUUUGGCAAAUUUUCACAUAACUUUGGCUGAUACUUCUCCAAAUUCUGCUUCACAAUACUUCAUUUCUACUGAUGGAGUCCUCAAUGCUAGGGCUAGGGUUUUGGGUGGUGGUACUAGCAUCAAUGCUGGUUUCUAUACUAGAGCUAGCAAAAGGUUUCUAAAUAAUGUAGGAUGGGAUGAGAAAUUGGUGAAUGAGUCAUAUACUUGGGUUGAGGACCAAAUUGUACACAAACCUAAGGUUGCUCCAUGGCAAGCUAUUGUAAGGGACAGUCUAUUAGAUGUUGGGGUCUCACCUUUUAAUGGAUUCACUUAUGAUCACGUCUAUGGAACUAAGUUUGGUGGAACCAUCUUCGACCGGUUCGGCCGCCGCCACACCUCCGCCGAGCUUCUUGCUUCGGCUAACCCUCGGUUGCUUACGGUCUUGAUACAUGCCACAGUCCAGAAAGUUCUGUUUGAUACAUCAAGCAAGAUUCCGAAGGCAAUAGGUGUGAUCUUCAAAGAUGAAAAUGGCAAUCAACAUCAAGCAUUUCUUGCAAACAAUCCAACAAGUGAAAUUAUAUUGUCAAGUGGUGCAAUUGGGUCACCUCAAAUGAUGCUUUUAAGUGGGAUUGGCCCAAAAAAUGAACUGAAAAAAAUGGGAAUUCCAGUAGUUUUGGACAAUAAAUUUGUAGGACAAGGCAUGGUUGAUAAUCCUAUGAACACUAUUUUUGUUCCUUCUAAAAGACAUGUUAAACAGUCUCUAAUUCAGACUGUUGGGAUUACAAAAUUUGGUGUUUAUAUUGAAGCUAGCAGUGGAUUUGGACAGUCUCAAAAUAGUAUUCGGUGUCACCAUGGAAUUAUGUCCGCAGAGAUAGGGCAGCUAUCUACAAUCCCACCAAAACAAAGAACAAGAGAAGCAAUUCAUGCAUACAUUAACCGAAAAAAAGAUCUCCCCCAUGAAGCAUUCAAAGGAGGUUUCAUUCUUGAAAAGCUAGCCAGCCCGAAAUCAACCGGAAAUCUCCACUUACUCAACACAAAUGUCGACGAAAACCCUUCGGUCACAUUCAAUUACUUCCACCACCCGGAAGACCUCCGAAGCUGCGUCCACGGCGUUCGGAUGGCUGCAAAGAUAGUUCAGUCUCAUUACUUUACGAAUUUUACGCAAUGCGAUAAGGAGACUAGAGAAAAGAUUCUGAACAGUAGCGUAGUUGCUAAUGUUAAUCUUAUUCCUAAGCAUCCGAAUGACACCAAGUCUGUUGAGCAAUUCUGUAGAGAUACUGUGAUCACUAUUUGGCAUUAUCAUGGUGGGUGUCAUGUUGGCAAGGUGGUUGAUCGGGAUCAUAAGGUUCUUGGUGUUCAGAGGCUUCGGAUUGUUGACGGUUCGACGUUUGAUGAAUCGCCGGGGACUAAUCCUCAAGCUACCGUGUUGAUGAUGGGGAGGUACAUGGGGAUGAAGAUUUCGAGAGAGAGACUAGGGCAUGAAGCUGGUGCUUAAAAUCAAAAAAUAAUGAAGCAUAAGAAAAUGAGAGGAUCACUAAUUGUUAGUAUAGUAGUGGCAAAAUGUAAUGUCUUUUUUGUUAGUAAUUAGUAGAAAAUGUGUUGUUUUUGAGAAAUCAAUAUUGUCAUCUCAUUUGCUAGAAAACUAUUUUUGUCUGCCUCAAUUUGGUAGCAUGUAGCAUAUAGUACAUUUCCAAAUUUAAUAUGUUCAGAACA